GCUGCUCAAGUUCUCAUCAGAUUUCUCGUUUAUCAGGUUUGUCGAUUUCUUUUUGCAACUAGGGUUUUUUGAUGAUCUCCCUUUUUGUGGUAAACUAGUAAACGGCAGUUCUUCUGAUGCUUUUUUUUUUCUUCCUGGCCUGCUAUACGCCCCAGAAGAUUUUUGGGGGUAGGCGAUCAAAUUUGCAUUGUAUCACCAAAAUGUUAUGAAUAGUUUCUUCAAGAAUAAACAAGAACUCCAAUUAAGUACUUUAAUUCUCUUGCUACAGGAUCACCAUAAUGCAAGUAACUUAGUAUGUCAUUUCACAUAACUCAGAAGCAUGUGUUUCUCAUAUGCUACAAGUUGGAUGCUUGAUGAAAUAUUCCUCUAGAACUAUUGGUAGUAUUGCAAGUAACUUCGUAUAUCUUUUAACGGAAACAUGAAUUAUUAUCAUGCUGCGACUUAGGUGUUUGAUGAAAGUCCUGUUAGAGCUUUUGGAAGUAAUGCGAGUAAAUUUGUGAUUGUGAUCAAGAUGAGCAAGAGACCGCCACCUGAUCCAGUGGCAGUAUUGAGAGGCCACCGCGCUUCUGUCAUGGAUGUUUGUUUCCAUUCUUCUCAAAACUUGGUAUUCUCAGGUUCAUCAGAUGGUGAAUUACGAAUUUGGGACAGUGUGCAACAUCGGACCAUCUCAUCUGCAUGGGCGCAUAGUGCAGCACAUGGGAUCAUAAGCGUUUCAACCAGCCCCUCAAUUGGGAACAACAAAGUUAUCAGCCAGGGCAAGGAUGGAACUAUUAGGUGUUGGGAUAUUGAGCACGGGGAAUUGUCAAGGACACCUUCCAUCUCAAUUGAUGCAAAUACCUAUCACUUUUGCAAGCUUUCUUUAGUGAAGAGGCCUUCUGCUGGCACAAGAAAAGCUGAAAAGCGGAGACUUCAGCAUGGGACAGAGGUCAUAGAUCCUUCUGGUCAAGAAAUUUCUCAUGACAUCCAAGAGGAAGAGGAUCAAGGGAGUGUGGCAGAAACUUCCAACACAUUUGGAGGUGAUGACCGUGAGGAAGGGCAUCCAUAUGUGGCCAUGGCAGGGAUGGACUGCUCUGAGGUUGAAGUAUGGAAUCUCAAUGCUGCAGAAAGGUUUGCACGGUUACCACAUUCUUCUGGUGCCUCUACAAAUAAUUUUACUAAAGGAAAAGGUUUGUGCAUGGCAGUUCAAUUGUUUUUACCUUCCGAAUCACAAGGAUUUCUACAUGUGCUAGCAGGUUAUGAGGAUGGAACAAUGGCUUGGUGGGAUUUAAGGAAUCCUGGGGUUCCUUUGACUUCUGUAAGGUUCCAUUCAGAGCCAGUUCUAAGCUUGUGCGUGGAUGGGAGGUUCAGUGGGGGAAUUUCAGGGGCUGCAGAUGACAAAGUUGUCAUGUUUACUUUGGAUCAUUCAUUGGGUUCUUGUGUGGUGAAGAAGGAAAUUAGUUUGGAGCGACCCGGCAUAGCCGGAACUUCAAUUCGCUCGGAUAGCAAGAUUUUUGGCACUGCUGGCUGGGAUCACAGGAUCAGGAUUUACAGUUACAAGAAUGGAAAACCUUUGGCGAUAUUGAAGUAUCACCAUGCCACGUGCAAUGCCAUUUCGUUUGCUGCAGACUGCAAACAAAUGGCUUCGGCUUCAGAAGACACCACGGUGGCACUUUGGGAGCUUUAUCCUCCUCGGUCUUCUACUUGACUCGGCUCCUUCAGUUGAUUUAUACGUUCAUAUGAUAAAUGGCUCUUUCUAUCUGUUCUACUUACCUUUUUCCUCAAGCUAAGAGUUUUCUCGGAAACAGCCUAUGUACAUUUUACCCUCCAUAUGCUACCUUCAGGUGAGAUAUAUUGGAUUUGUUUGAUUUGG